AUGUCGCGACAGGUCGCUCGAAGCAUGGCGACCUCGAAUGUUUCCGUGCCCUCCUCUUUCAAUCUCCUCCCAGUUGAACUGCUGCAUGAAAUCGUGGAGACUUGCAACGAUGAAGAGAAGGGACCUCUGCUGGCUACCUUAAUGGCGACAAGCCGCCGCCUGAGGAACUUUGCACUGCCGCUCUUCUUCAGCAUGAUACAUGUCACUACCCCAUCACUUUUCAACCUUCUUCUCAGUUUCCUUGAUGACUCACCAAGUCAAUACUAUUCAUAUGUGCGCUCUCUGAAAAUCCAUCUCCAGGUAUUCGACUUCCCCGGGUCACAGCGAGCGAGCUUCAGAAACUCGUCUAUCCGCAGUCUCAAGAAAUUCACAGGCCUUCAUGUAUUCGAAGCUGCGCUUGUUCGCGGGAAACAAAAGCUUCUUGACGCGUUGUCGGCAGCCUCCCCGGGGCUGCAGCACUUGGACAUUAGUUGGGAUGGGGCAAAGCACUUUCCCGACAUACGUGCGUUCACGCAGCUUCGAUGUCUGCGCAUGGUUUUGCAAGAUCGCACCCCAAGAGUCAUUCCCCGACUCUAUGUGAAUCCCCCAGUUAUCCUCAAUCACCUCACUACACUCGCGAUAUCUCGCGUAUCCCAUGCCUGCCUCAUGGACAUGACAAACGGGUACAUCUUCCCCAACCUAUGCGUCCUGCGUCUUGACCAUGCAUGUCGCCCUAGAGCGGUAUACCAUUUUAUUGAUAGACAUCCAUCCCUUGCGGAAGUCAAUGUCACUUUUCUGCCAUAUGGAAACCCCCGUCUUUACCCGAUCACAAAAGUCAUGCAAGGAUCUCCAGAGUGGAUACCGUUGUCGGUAGACACUUUGGAUUUUGCCACGGGUGUUAAGGAUCCUCCGGGAUAUUCAUGGGCAAGCAUGCUCAUUCAAGAAAUGGCUUUCAAGCGCGUGCCUAUAGAAGAAUCUGACGAUCCUAAUGUUCGGUAUAUCAUUACAGAUCUAGCGCUCAUGACAGAUGAUACCGCUGGGUGGCAAUUGGGAUCACAUUUCAUGAACGUCUUGAGCUUGGGUGGAAAGAUACCACUCUUUGAUGACGUUGAAACACUCACUAUACAGGCUAUGGACGAUUGGGCGCGUUAUACAUCGUUUUCGGCGUUCAUGACCGAGCUAGCCGACAAUCUUAAACAAUGGCGUAGAAUCAAAAAAUUUACCGCCCAUAUCACCUCUCGAACCCCUUUUCAUGCCUGGGGAGAGUUUUAUCGUCAGCCUCCUCGCUCCGUAUUAGAUGCUGUCCGACCAGGUAGUCCGUUGUUGCAAACCCUUCCACCGAUAUCAUCCCUGACCGGUGGACCUAUCGCUAUUGUUACAAUACGCGAGGCCUUGCAAGCCAGUUUCCCGGACCUCAUGGCCCGGGAUAUGGUAGAGGCUCUGCGCACCGAAGUCAUCAACAUCCUUGGCCCCGCCCAUGCGUUGGUUCCACCAGCUGGUCUGUACCUCGUUCCCGCGUGGGAAAGGGUGAACCGGAACACGGUUAGUGCAGCGGUCCUGCAUCUUGCGAAGCAAUGUCCCAUGUUAGAGCAAUUUGAUUGGUACCUGUCGGUUGCUAGUGACAAGUAUAUUCAAGGUCCGCUGUGGAGAUGGAAGGUUAAGCGGGAUGAGAAGGGGGAGGUAACGUCGGUGUCUGGAGAGCUCAUGUGGAAGGAUCGGCCGGUGCUGUAUAUCAUGGUUGGGAAUGAGCGUGAGCGGAUGGCUAAUCCAGGAUGCAAUGAUGGAUAG